AUGUCCGAGGUUCCUGAUUAUGAUCAAGAUGAAUUUGAAAACAAAGUUAAAAUUAUAUGUUUGGGCGACAGUGCGGUAGGGAAAUCAAAUCAUCCACAGCAGUUGUCUACAUAUGCAGUGACGUUAUACAAACAUACAGCUGAAGUGGACAACAGAAAAAUAUCCGUAGACUUUUGGGAUACGGCCGGUCAAGAACGUUUUCAGAGUAUGCAUGCUUCGUACUACUACCAAGCACAUGCUUGUAUUUUCGUAUUUGACGUAACGCGAAAGAUAACCUACAAAAAUCUCCCAAAAUGGUAUGAAGAACUGCGUCAAUACCGACCAGAUAUACCGUGUUUGUGCAUUGCAAACAAAAUAGACGCUGACAUGACAAUGACCAAUAAGACAUUCAAUUUUGCCAAAAAGAACAAAAUGGCGUUGUACUUCGUUUCUGCCUCCAACGGAACCAAUGUCGUACGCGCUUUUCGGGAUGCGAUUCGUGCGGCGGUGGCAUACAAAGAGUCCGCCACUGACAUCAUGGAUCAAAUUAUGGAAGAACUGGAGACGGUGAGCGUGGAACCACCUACGGCCUCGGAGGUUUACGACUGCAUAUGUUCUCUCAAGCGCCACCGAGCUCCUGGUCCGGAUGACCUCCCACCCACAUUGUUCAAAGUCGGGGGUGGGGGCAGUGAAGUCCUCACUCAGCGCUUGUCUGAUCGGUUGGCUUGCAUUUGGGAAAAUGAGACCGUCCCAGACAACUGGGGACAAUCGGUGAUAGUGCCCAUUUUCAAAAAAGGGGCUCGUAGUGAGUGA